AUGAAAAUGAAAUGCUCAUUUUUUUUAUUAUUAUUUUGUACUAAUAUAUUUUGUUUAAGUUUUGACAAAAAAAUAAAAACAAGUCUUGGAACUAUUUAUGGUUCAACAAUUACUGUUAAUAAAGAAGAUGUUUAUGAAUUUUUAGGAAUUCCAUACGCUUCGACUACAGAACCUGAAAAUUAUUUUGGAGUACCAAUUGAUAUAAGUGAAAAAAUUUUUUCAAAAAAUUAUCGUCGUGGAGUAUCAAAAUGUUCCUGUCCUCAAGAAGUAAACUUUUCAAAUUUUUCUGGAUAUGACGAUCUUAAUCCAAAAGUUGGUACACACUUUAAAAAUUGUCUUAUAUUAAAUAUAUGGAUGCCAGGUAAACUGAAAAAUUUACCUGUUUUAGUAUUUUUUCAUGAUGGUGAUUGGGCAUCUGGAACAGCGUUUUCAGAUAAUUAUAAUGGCUCAUAUCUUGCGCAUGUUACAAAGUCAAUUAUAGUAGUUCCAAAUUUUAGACUAGGAUUUUAUGGUUUUGCAUUUUUAGGUUAUAAAUCUCAAUUACCUGGAAAUAUGGGUUUAUUAGAUCAACAAAUGGCAUUAAAAUGGGUUCACAAUUAUAUAAAGCAUUUUAAUGGUGAUAAAAAUCGUGUUACAAUUAUGGGUGUAGGUUCAGGGAGUAUUUCUGCCUCAGCACAUUUAUUUUCUGAUGGUAGCAAAAAUUAUUUUCAAAGAGUAUUUUUAAUGUCUGGAGUAAUUACACACUAUAUAAAUACAAUAUCACCUGAAAUGGCAAGACGUUAUACUGCUAAAGUUGUAAAAGCACUAAAUUGUAGAAACACUAACAUGAAAAUAACGGUAAAAUGUCUUAAAGAAGCUGGUUAUAUUGAAAUAUUUAGAGCUACAAAAAGUAUUAAUUCUUUAUUUUUUUCUCGAUUAACACAGCCAUUUUUACCAAUACAUAGAGACGGGAAUUUUUUUAAAGGAAAUGUAUUAACGAAAUAUACUAAUGGUGAUUUUAAUAAAAAAGUUGAUAUUGCUAUUGGAAAAACAACAGAUGAGGGAGCACAUCUUUUAUCAAAGAUAUUUUUUAAAAACAAUUUAUUUUCUUGUCCUUUUAAUCCAUUUUUAUCAUCUAAAAUCGACGAAUGUAAUAUGAAAAAAAGAGAUUAUAUUCUUCUUUUUCAAUAUCUUGAAUCAAGGUUUAGCUAUAUACAAACAAAUUUAACAUUUUUAAGAAUUAAAUAUGGAAGAAUGACAAAUAUAUCGUAUAUAAAAAAAGCUGUAAUGGCAUUUUCUGAAAUUAAUGUUGAUUGUAGCUUUGUUGAUUUUAUAAGUCAAAUAUCAAAAUUUACAAAAAAAAAAAUUUCUAUUUUCGAAUUUGGAAGACGUUUGGCAAAUAGUCCAUGGCCCAGAUGGGUAGGAGUUACACAUAAUGAUUUUAUUAAUCUUUUAUUUGGUGAUCCAUAUAGACAUCCAAAAUUGUAUAAAUCAUCAGAAAAAACCAAUGAUAUUAACUGUUCUCACAACUUUAUGUUAGAGUUAAAAGAUUAUUUGUACUUUAAAAGUAAUACGUUUUAUGAAAAAAAACCAAUUAAAAACAAUAAUAUUAAUAAUAAUAUGAUGAAUAAGUUUUAUCCUAAUAAUGGAAUGUUUAAUAAUACUAACAAUAAUUUUUAUUAUAACCAAGGAAUGUAUCAAAAUGCUAAUAAUAAUCAUAAUAUGGCAAAUAUGAUUAACCAAAAUAUGUAUAAUAAUCGAAUAAUGGCUAAUGGUGUUAACCCAAAUAUGUAUUAUAAUCAAUUAAUGGCUAAUGGUGUUAACCAAAAUAUGCUUAAUAAUCAAGCAAUGACUAACGGUUUUAAUCAAUAUUCUUAUUAUAAUCAAGGAACAAUGAACAAUAAUAACAUUCUUUCUAAUCAAAAAAUGGCUAAUAGUUUUCCACAACAAUAUAGUUCUAAUUCUGGAACGUUUUCCAAUAAUAAUAACAAUAACAAUAUGAAUAACCAAAAUGCAAUGCAGUAUAAUUCAAAUUCAAAUUCUAAUAACCAAAACAAUAAUCAAGAAAACAAUAAUCAAGAUAACAAUAAUCAAGAAAACAAUAAUGAACAGUCUAGAAAGAAACGUCAAAAUAAUGAACAAGAUCCAGAUAUGGAAUAUAUGAUGAAACAACAAGCAAUUAUACAACAAAGUCAUCAAGGUAUACAAAAUCUUUAUAACGAACAGGAAGAGAUAGUUGAUCGUUUAGUUGAUCAGGAAGUUGAAGAAAACGAAUGGAUUGAUCCAAGUACAAAAAUGACACUAAUUGCAAAUAAAAACUGUAAAAAAGAAGAAAUAAGAGGAUACAAAUUUUUGAUUACCAGAAAUGGAUUAAAAUCACGGUGUCAAUUAAUAAAUAAAAUUAUUAUGGACGUUAUAGGAAAAAGUAUGUUAGAAUAA